UAACGACCUUACGCUGUAAUCUCUAAACCUCUAUGAUAUCUUGAGCACUCCCACACCGCCCCAGAACUGCGCCGGCCUCACUAUCAAGCGACUCGCUUCCACCUCGGAUACAGUGCAGCAAUAUCAGUUGGCGAACGGAUGAGAAACAGGUUUUCACGCCAUGGAACAUAUACAUCAACACGGCCACAGACAUCGCCAUGGGAGGAGAGAAGCCAACAUUGGGCUCGGUGGAAUGCCUAGCAGAACGACCGUAAUGGAGAGAUCUCGUGUCCUCGUUGCCCGCGCCUCCUGCACAAACGACACCGACUCAGGAUGCGUCAAGCCCACCUCUGUGCCCACAGUGGCUAUUGCCGCUGCCGUCGUCGUCCCUAUCGUAAUCGCAGCAUGUGUACUAUUCUAUCUUCACCGCAGGAAUCUCAGGAAGCUCAAGGAGGAAGACGCGCAUGACAAGUACAAGUCGCUGGACUUUGGACUGGAUAUGGCGGCCGGAGGACAGAAGAAGAAGGGAAAGAAGGGGCCAGAGAUGGCGCUGGCAGACACCGAGAAGUCGAUACGGCCUGGACACGACAGAGGCUUGUCGUUGGAUUUGGCCGUCGGAAGCCCUUAUAUUCUGCCUGCUGGCCUGCAAGGUUCCCGCGAGUCUUUCCACUCUCUUUCCCGAUCGACCCAGGACCCGCAUGAUCCCUACCGGCCGGUGACCUUCAUCAGAGACGACGCAAGCGUUCGCAGUGGGAGCCGUGCAGGCAAUGGAUCCAUGUACACAACUUCGAGCGGAGGAACCGACAGGAACAGGAUGAACGACGGCCUCCUGAGAAACGCGCAGAGAAUGUCUCAAUCCUUUCCUCCUCGUGGGGAGUCCAUGUCACCACAGGAGCGGAACACCCCUGAAAUCAGAUUCCCUGAGCCUGCCGUCACCACUCGAAGCCCGCUCAACCCACGUUACGAGAAUGAGCCGCUGCCGCCUCCCCCACCUCCUCCCGUCGCUCCGUUGCAGCCAGCUGCCGUCUCACCCCCAGCACCCGAGAAGCCUAAGGACGCCUAUGUUGCCUUUCAACCCACCCCUCCCGCGCCUCCACCAGCUGGGUCAUCCCAAGAGCCGACCUUGCCUCCUGUGCAAGAGACACAAAAACCUGCCCAACCAAACCCUACGCUGCCCCGAAUUCAAUCCCAGGAAGCUGUCGUGCAGAGCAACCCCAACACAACAAGCUUCAUGAGCGAGUCGAGCUAUGGCGAUGGCUUCCAAGUGACCCCUCCGUCGCCGCCUCAGCAAGAGGCUAAGAUCGCAGAACCGGCUCCCCUAGCUCCCCAGCCUCGGCGACCCCGUGAACAGAGCCCCCAGAAUGCUGGCCUUGGUGUCGACGAAUUUGGAUACAGCACAAACCGCCUGUCCAUGAGCCUGCGCCCUCUUCCGCCGGAUGAUCCCAACGACAACCCGGAGCAGCGAGCUAAUCGCAUCCGAUCCUUCUACAAGGAGUACUUUGACGAUUCGAAGCCGGAACCGGCUGGCGGCCAUAUCUACAAUGACUACUAUGAGGACUACGGAUCAGAGUACCUUGACGGCGCUAUCUUCGAUCCGGAGACUGGUAGCUUCGUCGUCGCCCAGCCUCAGACGCCAUUUGCCCAACCUGUCACUCGUCGUGCCAUGACACCUCCGCCUCGAGCACCGCCACGCUUCCGCAGCAACACUGGUCCGCGUGGACCGCACAUGUCUGGAAGCUCCAUGGCGUCUUCUGGCCGAUUCAUCCCGCCCCGAGGCAUGUCUUCCAUGAGCGGCCGGUUACCAGCACCUAGGAGACCACUGCCCCCACCCACUGCUCUUAGCUCCCUUCCCACGCCUGCAAAGCUGACAGAGGACUCCAUGGUCUUCAACCCGAUUGACUUCGCGCCACCUGUUUCUUUCCGAGAACGGCAAAACGGCAUGCGGCCGGACAGCCCCUUGGGUACUCCUAGGCCGUACAGCCCAGCAGUGAGGCCGCAUACCCCGUUGGCAAGCGCGUUCGACGACCUGAUGGUGAUGCCCAGCCCCCACGCGCUCCGCAAGUCAGGCACAUUCACUGCGCUAGACUUCGCCCCUCCGCCACGUUUCCGCGAUCCAGGCUCCAAUGCUUCCGACGCUGGAUCCAUCCGUUCUAACCGCUCUGGCAUGUCCACUGCGGGGAGAAUGGCGGUCCGGAAUGGGGCGUACCGUGUCAGCAAGAUACCAAAGGAAGUCGUCGGCACGAAGGACGACUUGAUGAACAGUCUCAGACCGAAGCUUGACCUAGUCACCCCGGCAUAAGCUGUUUCCUUUUCGCACUGACUGCCCUCAACGAUCGGUUCAUGCUCAUGCGCCUUUCAUGACAAGCAUCUCGCGCUCACUGGCUGGGCUUUCUCGAUCCUUCACCAAAAGCUCAUCACAUGCAUUCCUCCAUUUUCAUUGCGGACAUGACGACCUCCAACGGCAUAGACAGCGUGGCUCAUCCUUUUUCGACUUUGACUUUUCAGCAACACACCGAGUCUUUCUAACCGGUACAUAUUCCUCCAUCCACCUUGCUCUUACUCUCUUAUCGCGGUCUUUUCUGGCUCUACUGUACACGACCGGCAGCAAUCUAUUACCAGGGCUCUAUCAUCAUAUCAUACAGCGGGUAGCGGCGACGGAAGGCGUUAAUAUUUCUGUGUAAUUUUU